UCUAUCAUGGAGGUGGGGAAGAUCAUUGACCACUUGGACGUAUUGCAAAACAAAAACUGAUAGAUGACCCAACCUACCUAACAAAACCCUCUGCACCCUGACAAAACCAUCUGAAGUCCUGGUGCAGCUCCAGUUACAAUCAUGGCCAAUACCUCAAAUCAGAGUGUUGAGUUUGUGAGGACCGGAUAUGGGAAAAACACAGUGAAGGUUUUUCACAUUCGACGUGAAGGGACUCAUCAUCACAUCAUUGAGCUGGUCGCAGAUGUUCAGUUAACGCUGAAGACCGUCAAAGAUUACCUGACAGGAGACAACUCUGACAUCAUCCCCACCGACACUAUCAAAAACACUGUCCACGCUCUCGCCAAACUGAAGGGAAUUAAGACCAUUGAGGACUUUGCCUUGGAUAUUUGCGAACAUUUCCUCACAUCGUUCAAACAUGUCACACGAGUGAAGGUGAUCAUUGAGGAAGUUCCCUGGAAACGACUGGAAAAGAAUGGAAUCGAGCAUGAACAUGCUUUUAUCCACUGCCCUGAAGCCCGACACUUCUGUGAGGCCGAACAAUACCUCAAUAUGACUCCAGUGGUUCACAGUGGUCUGAAAGACAUGAAGGUACUGAAGACCACUCAAUCUGGUUUCGAAGGUUUCCUGCGGGACCGGUUCACCACUCUCACAGAAGCAAGGGACAGAUUCUUCUGCACCUCCGUUUAUUCGAAAUGGCGUUACAACACCGUCAAUGUGGCAUUUGAUGCUGCAUGGAAAACUGUAAAGGACACCAUUAUUCAGAAGUUUGCUGGACCCUAUGAUCGUGGAGAAUAUUCUCCUUCUGUGCAGAAGACACUGUAUGAUACACAAGUCCUGGUGCUUGACAGAGUUCCUGAGGUGGAGGAAAUUGAGAUAAUUAUGCCCAACCAGCAUUAUUUCAUUAUUGACAUGACAAAAUUGGGACUCUCGAAUAGGGAUGAGGUUUAUCUUCCUCUUGAUAAUCCGUCAGGAAACAUCACGGGAACGGUGCGCAGAAAGCCACGAGCCAAACUCUGAAGACAGACGAAAAACAUUUUCAUACUAAAGACCUCAAAACAAGGAAGUUUACUAAAAGUAUAAUGGAAUUAGCUGUCCUUUAAAAUGAAAAUAAUGAAAUAAACUGAAAAGUUACUGAAUAAAUUUUAAAUGUAUAAAACUAAAGAAACUUGGUGUUGCAAGUGUUGGCGAUGACUGAGCCCACUGAAGCUAAGUAUUGAGUCUGGUCAGUACUUGGAUGGGAGACCUCCUGGGAAAUCCAGGUUGGUAGAGGUGUUAGUGAGACCAGCAGGGGGUGCUCAUCUUGUGGUCUGUCUGGGUCCUAACACCCCAGAAAAUGGAAAACCAAAGACAUUUGCACUCUUCCAAAACCUGCAACAUUUAUAAACCUUGCAUACAAGUCAAUUUCAUUCAGCAUUACACACAUCAAUGUAAUCCCAAAAUCUAUCAGAUUCAUUCAAAAUGGCAGAUGACAUGUAGAAAUUUAUAGACAGCGAACAAAGAUACUGCUGUAGGGUUUUGGACAUAACUAAUAUAUGCAAUAGAAAUACAUUUUUCCUAUUCUCUUUUUUUGCCUAUACACCCCAGAAAAUUGCAGAAAAGCGCUAUAUAAAUGUAACAAAUUAUUAUUAAUAUUAUAAAUCUAGCAUAAUGAUG